GAACUCAAAAUCAAAUAAUAACAAUGAGCCUUCCAUUAAAGGAGACGUAUUUGAAGUAUAAAGUGUGUGUUAUUUGCCACGUUCCACAGUCACAGGCGCCUGGAGUUCUAUAUGCCAAGUUUCCUCAGAAUAUCAAUCGAUGUCGGAAAUGGAUACGAGUGAUUGGUAAUGUGAAACUCCUCCAGCUCUCCCUAAAAAAGCUCCAGUACCGCUUUGUCUGCGGCAACCACUUCCUCCCGCAUUAUUUCACUAAAAGCGGGAAGCAUUUGACCAAAGAUGCAAUACCAACAGUGUUCCCUCAUAUCAUCAAGCCCCUCAAAAGAGAUGUGGUUAAACUUUUUCCCAUGCUUAUGAACAGGACUAAUGAUAAGAUUUUACUUAAAUGCACUCAGAGAAUUGUGCCCAUAAAGAACCCAGCGUUAGAAUCCCCAGACUCCACACCAUAUGAAUACUUAGAAGAUGAGUUUCAAGAACAUAUGGAUCCAGAAUGUCUACCCAAGAGAAUCCCGAUAUUGCACCACAGCCUGCCCCCCAAUUCCCACACAACAGAAAUCUACACCAUCAACAAGGACCGCCAGGUCAUACCCAUCACCACCAAAGUGCUCAACGAUGGCAAAGAAUGUAUUAUAGAGUUUUCACAAAAGAAGAUACCUGCCCCCCAAGAACCGAAAGUGAUACCUGUCAGUGACAAAGUUUUGUCAACGAUUCUGAAGAAAGAAUAUGUCGAUGUGGAGAUAGAACCAAUCGAUUAUAACUUUAUAAGUAAACCAAAAAUAAAAGUAGAAAGAGAAGAGGAACUGCAACACCAAAUCGUAAAACUACAGCGGAGAAACAAACAACUAAAACGAAUACUCAAAAACAUCAGCCUAGUCGACGAAAUUGAGUCCCCUAACAUAAAGAGGGUUAUAGAAAAGGCUAUAUACAAUAAGCAGUUAAAAGAAGGCAUCAAUGAGUUCACACAUGAGAAACAGAUGGCGGCGGCCAUUUUGAAAAGAGCUUUAAGUGCGUACCACUAUUUGAGCUGUUUGAUGCCUUUACCUAGUGUGUGUGCGUUAGAGAAGAUAGCUAAAGGAGUUCCUUCUAUAAGUAAAACUACUAAGUGUAAACAUGUGUUAUAGAAGUAAUAAGGUAGUUAAAAUCAUGCUA